AUGGCUCCGAGCAUCAGAACAAUCCGAAGUUACGCUACUCAGGAAAAGUUCUCAGUCGAUUUCUUCGGAGACGAGAUCAUCGUGACCGUGACGCCGGAUCCCUCCGUCAUCGGCCAAUGGAUCCACGACGUCCUCUUCAGCAGCCGCCGCUCCUCUCACCCUCUCCUUGUUGGACUCGGUGUUUACUGGACACCAAAUCGUUCUCGCUCCGAUCCACAACCGGUUCAAUAUCGCUCCGAUUCACAACCGGUUCGUUAUCGUUCCCGUUCUCCUCCACCGGUUCGUCAUCGCUCCCCUGAACCUGAGGCGGAUACUCUCCAGCUAUGCGUUGGUAAUCGAUGUAUCAUCAUCCAGCUCUCUCGCUGUCACCGCGUUCCCAACGUCCUCCGUCGUUUUCUCGAGGAUGGAGAUAACACGUUCGUCGGUGUUUGGAAUAGUCAAGAUGCGAAGAAGCUAGAGGAAUCUAGACAUCAGUUGGAGGUUGUGAGGCUUUUGGAUUUGAGAGUGCACAUUGUAGAUUCGACGGGAAGCAGGACCCUGAGUAAUUGUUCGUUUGAGGAGAUUGUUGAGGAAAAUUUGGGUCACCGAGGAGUGAGGCUAGAAAGGGCGAUCAGCAUGAGCAACUGGAGCGUUGAGUACCUUAGCGACGACCAGAUUCUUCAGGCGACGAUUGAUGCUUAUUGCAGUUUCAAGCUUGGUGUUCUUGACCAUCUCUGGGAAAAACAAAACUACUAUUAG